UCUCUUCUUUGACUGCACUCCUCUCUUCUUUCUUUUCGUUUCGCUGAAACAAAAGAACCCCCAAAAUUUGCUCGUACUGAUUAUACUUUCCAAUUCUUCAUCAUGUGAAAUAAUUUUACUCUUCUAAAGUUUGGCUUUCAUCAGUUUUUGCUUUCUUGAUCAGAAAGUUUCCAUUUUUUUUAAAAUUUUAUAGUAAAGGGGAUAAGUAAGAAGUUUUUUUUUAUCACUAAGAGAGAUGACGUUGACGGCGGCGGUUGCGACGACUGAUUCACGCAUUGGCGACGAUCAAGUGUGGCCACCGGGGUUCCGAUUUCAUCCAACCGAUGAAGAGCUGGUUCUUUAUUAUUUAAAGCGGAAAAUCUGUAGAAGAAAGCUCAAGCUUGAUAUCAUAAGGGAGACUGAUGUUUACAAGUGGAAUCCUGAGGAGUUGCCUGCACAAUCAAUACUGAAGACUGCGGAUCGGCAGUGGUUCUUCUUCAGUCCGAGAGACAGGAAAUACCCUAAUGCAGCAAGGUCAAACAGAGCAACCAGACAGGGGUAUUGGAAGGCAACAGGAAAAGAUCGUGCCAUUACCUGUAAUUCUCGGACGGUUGGAGUCAAGAAAACUUUAGUUUUCUACAGAGGCCGUGCACCUAAUGGUGAGAGAACUGAUUGGGUAAUGCAUGAGUAUACCCUCGAUGAGGAGGAACUCGAGAGAUGCCAGACUGCAAAGGACUAUUAUGCUCUCUAUAAGUUGUACAAAAAAAGUGGACCUGGCCCUAAAAAUGGGGAGCAGUAUGGGGCUCCGUUCAAAGAAGAAGAAUGGGCUGAUGAGGAAUAUACUAGUGAACCGGUUGAUGCAAUCACCCCUGUUAAACAACCAAAUGAGGCCAUUCAUGAUGAUAAUGAAAAAGCUAAUGAUCAAAUUCAGCCUCCAUUGGAUGAUAUCGAGGAGUUCAUGAGACAAUUUGCUGUUGAGACUGUCUUUCCGCAGCCACAAGCUCAUUUUGACUAUGUAUUGCCUCGAGUUACUGGUGAAGAAGAGAUACAAAGUACUUUUCUGGAGCCAUCUCCAAGGGAUAUACUAUUUCCUAAGCCGCUUAAGGUUUUACAUGACCAUGCAAGCUUUGAAUUCCCCCACUCCCCUACAUCUCAUUUGCAGUUGCAUGAGGCACCUGUGGUCACGUCUGUUAUUGACCCCAUCGAACAAUUACCACAAAUAUGCGACAAGGACUUUCUGGAAAUUGAUGAUCUCCUAAAUUCUGAUAUUUUGACCUCCAAUGUAGAGAAUCCUGUGGAGAAAGGGCAGCAGUUCAAUGAGUUGGAUGGUCUGGCUGAAUUUGAACUGUACCAUGAUGCCGCGAUGUUCCUACAAGACAUUGGACCUAUUGAACAAAAUAUGAUAAAUCAGGUAAAUUACCAAUUGGAACCUCAUUCAAAUAUAAGCCUCAUGGACCAGCAGUUGCAGCCUCAAUUGAAUGCUUUCGGGGAUAAUAUAUUAAAUCAGGUGGAUUACCAGUUACCAUUCCAGUCUUUUGGAAACGAGCUGGAGCAACCACUCCAAAUGGAUCAGACCAAUGGCUCAAUUUGGACACAUGAUCAAAGUGGUGAUGUCUUCACUCCAUCAGGACCAUAUCUUGGGAAUGCUUCUACAACUUCAGGUUUGAUGUACAAUGUUAAUAAUCUAGAUCAAGGUGACAAAAACAGUGGUGGUGGUGCAAGCCGGUUUUCUUCCGUGUUGUGGUCCUUUGUGGAGUCGAUACCUACUUCUUCUGCUUCAGCAUCUGAGAGUCCUUUGGUAAAUCGGCCCUUCGAGCGAAUGUCUAGCUUCAGUAGGUCGAGAACAAAGUCUAGAAACACCAAUGCUCAGAAGACAGCCAGGAAUAAGGGGUUCUUUUUCAUUUCGAUUUUCGGUGCCUUGUUUGCUAUAUUAUGGUUCCUUAUAGGAACAGUUAGGGUCUUGGGGUGCUCGAUGGCCUCAUGAAGAUAAAUAUAACUGGGAAGUUUUGUUAUGCCCUACGGUGAAGUUGUUGAAAUUGUU